AGCUCUUCCUUGCCAAAAUCAGAGAAAAGUCUGUGCUGCCUGCCAAGGCGACGGCCCUGCUGUUCGGAAACAUCGAGCAGCUUGUACCCAUCAACGAAGAGCUACUCUCGAGCUUCGAGAGCCGUCGACGUGAAGAGUUUGGGGUCAUAACUCGUGUUGGAGAUAUCUUUAUGCAAGUCGCCCAGUACUUCAAAAUAUACACCCUCUACUGCGGGAACCAGCCAGAGGCCAUGUCGUUUUUGAAGGCAUCCAAGAACAACGAGGAUCUUUCGCUCUUCUUGCAGUACUGUCUGUUGCGGCCAGAAUGUCGGGGGCUGGAUCUCGGCUCGUUUCUGCUCAAGCCUGUGCAGCGUAUCUGCAAAUAUCCCCUGCUGAUGAAGGAGCUGCUGAAACACACCUCCGAGUCUCACGCAGACUUUGCGGACCUCAAGCGCGCGUACGACACAAUCAACAAAGUCGUCGAUGUCGUCAACGAGCGGCGUCGGUUUGUCGAGAAUCAGCAAAAGAUGAUUGCGACUUUGGCCAAACUUGAGUUCCCAGAGAAACUUCACAUGAACCACGAGCCCUCUCGAUACUUUGUGCACGAAGGGAACCUCACCAAAAACACAAAGGGCCUAAUUGGCUCCUCUGCAAGCUCCAGGUGGGGCGUUCUCUUCAGCGACUGUCUUGUGCUGGCUCGCCCUCCCAUGUUCAUGGGCAGUAAAGCGCAGGUCUCCAAGAUCCUGAAGGUUGCCGAUCUUUGUUUGGACACGAGCGAGUCGGAAUCCGAUAAAAAGUCGCUCUGCUUCGAUCUCUGCGUCAAGGAAAAGACCUAUCGCAUGUCGUGUGCAACUGCAAAGGAGCGAGAUGCUUGGGUCCAGCGGAUAAACGAGGUCAUCAAGGAUUCGCUCGAGCGCAUCAAGCCCGUCGACGAGCAUCCGCAUGUAGAGAUACCGAUGGCGGCCCAUGCACCCUCUCCUGCGAGCCCGGAUGUCCCCAAGCCCAGGACAAACUCUGUCGGACCUGCCUCACGAGCGCUGACCGAGAAGCUUGCCCCGCAUGCUGUCAAUCGGCUCUCGAGCAUCAAGACGCAGUCAUCGAGCUCGCUGAGCUCACUUGGAAGCGAGCCCAGCGAAUCGACUCAAGAUCGCGACAGCAAAGGCGAAGAUGUCAUCAAGAAGAAGCGAGUUCGGUCGGCGUUCGCAAAGUCGGCGUCGAGUUGCAGCCUGAUCGAGUUCCUCAACACCACCAAUGCCAAGCCCGACGCCGGAGAUAACCGCAGUAUCGGAAGGUCUACAGGGAGCAUCGCAACGUCCAAUCGGCGUGGAUCUGAAGGCUGCCAAGCCACAGAUCUCAAGAUCGACACUGGCAGUCGGGAUGUGCAUGUUCCAGAUCGAAUCACCGAGGCGGACCCGCUCUUUCACGCGGCCCCUGCUCCAGAGCACGCUGCCGCCGAGACAGAAUCGAAUCCGGCAGCCUCCCAGCCGCCACGGGCAAGUGUGCCGAGCCGCAAAAACAGCCAUGACUCAAAGAUCCCGCAGCCCAAAGCAAUGCGACCAUCAGCACAGGCAACCUCGCCGAGGUCGUCCGAGGGAAUGAAAUGGAGGCCGCCUGCGAGUGCCGCCUCGCCACAGACACCAGGACACACCAUCCCCACCGAGAUUCCCUCUCGCAUCCCCAUCAUCAACCGCCACAAACUCGAUUCGGGUACCGAAGUCAAUCCUGCCACACGAGCCGAGCCGAGAUUGGCUUCCAAGCCCGAGACUCAGUCCGAGCCCAAGUCCGAACCGAAAUCAGGCAUCCAGGCACCCCCAGAAGUCAAGCAGAAGGAAAGCGCGCAUGGCAUCUCCCCGUCGCCGCCGCUUCUGCCAAAGAACCGCGCGGCAGAGUCCGGCAAAGAGGCCGUUCUGGUCAACUCGCCAAAGUUCAAGAAGGUGCGCCCGCCCGUCCGCGGUGGGGCCGGACGCAAGAGCGACGACUCUCUCAACUCGGAUGCCGAGGUCGUCUCCCCGACGACGAGGACGCAAGAGGACCUGACAUCGAGUCGUGGCAGCGGUCUGGCCGAGUCCAGUGGGCCGCAGAGCAAGACUUCAUCAGCACCAGCACCGUCACCGUCACCGGGACUGGACGAGCCCGAGCCUGCCGGCGCAAGCAACGAUGGUAUCGUCAGGGACAGAGUACUCACCCGCAAGGGAUCCGGCAUUCCUGUCCUGGCCGGCGGGCAUCCCUCGGGGUCGACUCGGCGGGAGUCAAAGGACGGCAAAAUGUCGAUGUCGGAUGCCCUCCCUGGUCCUGCCGGAGCGGUUUCUGCCACCCACUCCCUGCAGUCCAAGCCAGGGCUACCCUGUACUUCCAGCUUCCGAGUCGGUGGAUAGCAAAGCCCCUCAUGUCCGAACCAAUGUCGGCACAGCAUCCAAGCCGCCGGCAACGUCGUCCGAGCUCCCUCGUGGCGAGU